CAGCAGCAGGAGGGACGGGGGCAAUAGUGAAGGAGCUCCCAGGAUUCUGUGCUGCCCAGCUGUGAGAGAGACGGGCAACCGUGAAUAAAUAAGCAGAGGGCAGCAAGGCAAGAGGUUGGUACAGGGGGGGGGGGAGGGGUGUUAAGGAUGUACAACAGCUCUCGCACGGUGACCGGUGGAGAUGGUGGAGGAGAUCCGGGCUCAACUCGAUCCCCGCGUCUCCCGCGCUCACCAAGACUCGGGCAUCGCCGCACCAACAGCAGCGGUGGCAGUGGCGCGGCGGCUGGCGGCAGUGGGAAGACCAUGUCCAUGGAGAACAUCCAGUCCCUGAACGCAGCCUAUGCUGCCUCGGGGCCGCUGUACCUGGGCGAGUAUGACGGCCCCGGUGGUGUAGCCGGAACCUCUGCCGUAGCCGGCUUACCGAAGUCAACGAUGACACUAGGACGACCGAUGGGCGGCCCGGUGAGUUCGGUGCCCCGGCCCGCUCCGUAUGGCCUUCGCAUGACUGCCAUGGGCAGCAGCCCCAACAUCGCUUCGGCCGGCCUUCCCGGUGGGGAUGCCAUCAUCUUUGGAGAGAAUGACCUCGCCUACAGCAUGGGUGCACAGGUGCCGGCAUCGCUGCGCGGAGUGCGCGAGUGCAGCAUGCUGGAGCUGCAGGCGCAGCUCAAAGAGAUGCAGCGCGCCAACGAGCUCCUGCGGCGGGAGCUCGAGGUGAAGGAGAGCAAACUGGGAUCCUCCAUGAGCAGCAUCAAGACCUUCUGGAGCCCCGAGCUCAAGAAGGAGCGCGCCAUACGCAAGGAGGAGGCAUCGCGGAUGACCAUCAUCAAGGAGCAGAUGCGCGUCAUGCAGGAGGAAACCCAGCACCUGCAGCUGACGAUCCAGGCCCUGCAGGAGGAGCUGCGCACCCAGCGCGACCUCAACCAGCUCUUCCAACAGCAGGACAGCAGCUUCCCCAGCGACGACAAGGCCGCCGGCGACGGGGGGGAUGGGCGUACCGAGCCCAGCCAGGCCGAGUUCCACCGCCUUCGGGUGCAGCAUGACCGCCAGUCCAAGGAGCUCUUCCUCCUGCGCAGGACCCUGGAGGAGAUGGAGCUGCGCAUCGAGACGCAGAAGCAGACGCUGGGAGCGCGCGACGAGUCGAUCCGCAAGCUGCUGGAGAUGCUGCAGGGAAAGGGCCCGGGCGGACGCUGUGGCACCAUGGGAGACGACGAGAGGCUGGCGGACACCGAGGCGCAGCUGAGUCACAUUCAGGGGCUGCUUGAGGGACGCGAGCGUGAGAACCAGCAUCUCCGAGAGGAGCUGCAGAGGAGAGGGGACGGGCCCUCUGAACCUGGAAAGACCAAGGCCCUCCAGACAGUCGUUGAGAUGAAGGACACGAAGAUUGCGUCCCUGGAGAGGAACCUGCGUGACCUGGAGGAUGAGGUGCAGAUGCUGAAGACAAAUGGUGCCCUGAGCAUCGAGGAGCGAGAGGAGGAGCUGAAACAGAUGGAGGUGUACAAGAGCCAUUCGAAGUUCAUGAAGAACAAGGUUGAAAGGAUGAAAGAAGAUUUAGCGGCGAAAGAGGUUGAACUGCGGGAGCUGAGAAAGCGAGUUGAGAGCAUUCAUUCAGAUCCUGGCUCUGCAGUGGACCAGCUGAAGCAGGAGAUAUCCAGGAAGGACUCGGAGCUGCUGGCAGUGCAGACCAAGCUUGAGACUCUCACCAAUCAGAACUCGGACUGCAAGCAGCACAUCGAGGUCCUCAAGGAAUCGCUCACGGCCAAAGAGCAGCGAGCGGCCAUUCUGCAGACAGAGGUUGAUGCCUUGAGGAUGCGCCUGGAGGAGAAGGAGUCUCUGCUCAACAAGAAGGGCAAGCAGCUGCAGGAGCUGACGGAGGAGAAGGGGACGCUGGCCGGAGAGAUCCGCGACCUCAAGGACAUGCUCGAUGUCAAGGAACGCAAGAUCAACGUUCUGCAGAAGAAGAUUGAGAACCUACAGGAACAGCUGAGGGACAAAGAGAAGCAAGUUGGCAGCCUCAAGGACCGAAUCAAGUCCCUGCAGGCCGACUCGAGCAACACGGACACAGCCCUGGCCACACUCGAGGAGGCGCUCUCUGAAAAGGAGAGGAUAAUCGAGCGUCUGAAGGAGCAGCGAGAACGUGAUGACCGGGAGCGACAGGAGGAAGUGGAGGCCUACAAGAAGGAGAACAAGGACCUCAAAGAGAAGGUCAACACUGUCCAGGCGGAGCUCUCUGAAAAGGAGUCGUCUCUGCUGGACCUCAAGGAGCAUGCCUCCUCUCUCGCCUCGGCUGGGCUCAAGAAGGACUCUAAGCUCAAGUCUCUGGAGAUCACAUUGGAGCAGAGGACAGAGGAAUGCAGCAAACUGGAGUCGCAUCUCCGGAAGUCCCAGGUGGCGGAGGAGGAGGCACGGACGAGCCCCGAGCUCACCGACCGGAUCCGACAGCUCGAGAAGGAAUUAUCCAGAACCGGUCAGGAGGUGGCCAAGUCGCAGGCAGAGGUGGACCGCCUCCUCGAGAUCCUCAAGGAGGUGGAGAACGAGAAGCACGACAAGGACAAGAAGAUUGCCGAGCUAGAGAAGGGGCUGAAGGACCACACAAAGAAGAUGGCCAGUCUGAAGCACAAGGAGCAGAUGGAGAAGAAGAAGAGCGCCCAGCUUCUGGAGGAGGCUCGCAAGCGGGAAGACAACCUCUCCGACAGCUCGCAUGUGCUUCAGGACACCAUGAGACAGAAGGAUGACCGGAUCGAGGAGCUGGAGGAGGCGCUGAGGGAGAGCGUGCAGAUCACGGCCGAGCGGGAGAUGGUGCUGGCACAGGAGGAGUCAGCGCGCGCUGCCUUUGAGAAGCAGCUUCAGGACACAGGCGGGGUACUGGAGAAGACCAGGCAAGAGCUGGAUUCCACCAAAGCAAAGCUGAGCUCCAUGCAGCAGUCUCUGGCCGAGAAGGAGGCUCACCUCACGAACCUACGUGCCGAGCGCAGGAGGCAGCUGGAGGAGGUCCUGGAGAUGAAGCAAGAAGCCCUUCUGGCCGCCAUCAGCGAGAAGGACGCCAACAUUGCGUUGCUCGAGUUGUCGGCCUCCAAGAAAAAGAAGACCCAGGACGAGGUGGCGGCCCUCAAGCGUGAAAAGGACAGGCUCGUUCAGCAGCUCAAGCAGCAGACUCAGAACAGAAUGAAGCUCAUGGCAGAUAACUAUGAAGAUGACCACCAAUAUCAUCGGCACCACCACCCAGGGAAAUCUCAAAACACCAACCACAGGCCCUCCCCAGACCAGAUGAUUGAGUCACUGCUGGAGGUGCGCACCAACCGGGGCCGGCUGAUGCUCUACAUCGAGCACCUCACCGAGCUGUGCCGCGAGCGUGACGGCGCCAUCCUCGAGGGCUUUCCAGCGCUGCCGGGCGUCGGCAGCACAGGCGACGGGGGCAACGGGGAAACGAGGGCUCAAGAGGGCGAGGAGGAAGACGGAGACGGGGUCGUCACGGAGGAGAGGCUGCGGGCGCUUUCUCCUGACGAGCUGCAAGGUGAGCUGGAGCGUGCGGAGCAGGGGGCGGCCUCGCUGCAGGUCUAUGCCGACAGUCUGCUGCAGCAGAUCUCCGACCGCUGUCCCGAGCUGCUGGAGCAAGUGGUCAGCGCCCUGGAGGAAGCCGCGUCGUGACCUCGCCCUCCAACGCCGCCCUCUGAACCCGGGUCGGCCUCGCCCACCCCCCCCCCUGCCGGAGACGCUCUGCUGGCCCAGCCUCCGUCUCCUCCUCUUCGUCGUCCUCGUCGUCCUCGUCCUGCCGCUCUCGGAUCGAGCCGCUGCCCUCCCCUCCUCUUCUUACCCCGCCGCCGCCGCCGCCGCCUCUGUGGCUUCAGGAGCGAAACGCCCGCUUGGCCUGACUUUGAGAGGAACGUGUGUCAUCGAAACCGUUUGGGAGCCGCUCUCUCGCGAACACACAUUCGCCUUCACCGCAGCAUGUCGGCAAUGUGAAAAGCUCUCACUCGCCCGUGUGUGUGUGUGUACGCAUCUGUGAGUGCACGUCCAAUUCGGUGGUGUGGUGUGUCGGUGGGGGGGGGGCCUAAGGAGGCACAUGUCUUCUCCUAAAUGGACAGCAGUAAGCCCCCCCCCCCCCCAAUAAGAGGCAGCUCCACGGUCGCCACCGUUGAUGCCACCACACUCGCUCAUUGCUUGACACCUGCCCUCCAAAGGUGUGCCCUUGCAGUAUUUCACUUGAGACCGAUAUUGUUUUACCACCCACACACUCCAUUAGGUGUCACCCUCCUUGGUACCAUCUUCGCCGCAUGCUAUAAUCCCUGCCAGUUUUAGUCCUACCCAUGCGCAUGUGAGCGCUGUGCGAGCGGCAUGCCAGUGUGCGUACAUCUGCGGCGUGUUCUUGUGUGUGUGCGCGCGCGCGCAAGUCACUGCAGGCCACACUGGGACCCUGAGCAUGUCAGAUUGCCCUGGAUUGACCCUAAUGUGAAAUUACACUGAAAAAUACACUGCGCUACUUAAGAAGGCUCAUUUGCCCCUCCCCCCAGCCCUUCUCGUGCCUGAUGCGUCUGUCCCCUGGAACAGGGCUACAAGUCUCACUCAACCGUAUAUAUACACGCAUUUAAAAAAAAUGCAUGUCACGUCCUCCAAGUAGUAUCAAGUGGCUGCUUUGUACUGUUAGACCACAGCUUGACCGGUGGAAUUUUAUAUCAGAAUGAGUGUUACAGCUGGCGAAACCGGUGUUCGAGCCAAGUAUAAUAGGAAGCGUGCUUAUAAGGACAAUUUCUUUCUAAAGAUAGUGAAAUGUUUGACAAACUCGUUCGCCGUCAUGCCGCGCGGAGAAGGACAGUGAAGUGAUCGAAAGCGCCCAGAAACAUUUGGACAGCUCGCACUCGCACACACUUAGUGACACGCACUCACUUAGUGACAUGCACACGCUUAGUGACACGCACUCACACACGCUUAGUGACACGCGUACCGCUCGCAACGCACAAAUAACACCCACUAAGUCCCUUUGACGGCGCAAUUUUACAGGUGCAACGCAAUAUUAUUUUGUUCUUUCGGUAAAGUCACGUGGAUAGAAAAAUAAUCAUACGAAUAAAGUGGAUUUAAAAAAGGUGCACACAAUCCCCUCCCCUUUAGAGAAUGGUGCUCGAAAACUUUCGCGUCGCGUGCGGCGGUACAACGCCACGAUAUUGUGCACGGUUACUGCAAAACGUGAGUUCACGAUAUUUUCUGAACCUUUCCAGCGAACGUGAUUUGUAAAACAAUGAACGCGGUCAGGCUCGGAGCUGCGAUAAUGCUUCGACGAGCGCUGCGGUCCGGGGCGAGGCGAGGCGAGCCUUGGGUGUGCGAGGACGUGAGAUUGUGACGGCAUCAACCCUCUGAUCGACAAACAAAAAUGUGCAAUUGUGAAGCCUUUUUACGUCAUCGAUUGAACAUUUCAAAAAUUUCUUUGAGACGCAAAACAAAAAAAGGGGUUAAUCUUAACUUUGACACUUGCUGUUUUUCUUCUUUUUUUGUCUGCUCCAAAGUCGUCGGUGUUUUUGCAUCUGUGCCCGGUGUACAACGAGAGAGAGCGCGUGAGCGCGGCAUAAUUUUGCUUUCGACUGCCGUUUUGGGACUGUUUUUGUCACGUGACUUUUUGCACUGAAGUGGUUGUGGUCUCCAGACGGCCUGCCUUUCUGCGUGCUCUCGAGUCGAACCUUGACGGGUUGUUUCGUCAAGGGGCUGUACUUGGUUUCCCACUUGUUUGUCAUGUCUCCGAACGGUGACGUGUGUUCUCGCGUAGCAAAUGUCCUCUAUUUAAACUGAAAGCUGCUAAGAAAUACUUUGCUGCAAGAUUUGUAUUCUACCCCUGACGGAUAUUAAUUGGGGGCUAAGAAUUUGUUUAGCUUUUUCUGAAGAGAUAAGAGACUAUUAGUUUUGUGUUUUUUGUUAUCGACUGUAAUUUCCGUAGCUGGAGGGGGGGGGGGGUGCAUUAAAGAUGUAACACACCUACUGCCAUUCUGCAAAGAAAUAUAGCUCUUCAAGCUGCCGUUUAAAAAUAGGAUCUGCUUUGUGUGCGCCUGCAUACAGGGGGAGGGCAAGAUGGGAAGGCGCACUGGUGUGGUGGGUUGAUUGGGGGGUGCGGAAAGUUUAGAUUUACAUUUAAAUUAGAUUAGAUAAUUAUCGUUGUUGUUUUCGCUGGGUAUUGUAACGGGAUUUUGAUCGUUUAAUUUCGAAUUGUCUAUUAUAAUCCUUUUAAGGUAUCGGCUGCAUUGGGGCGAGUCGGUUUUUCACAGCCGAUUUAACGUGCCAACUUCACACUACAAGCCUUUUGCUGAGUUGGGCGACGCUUAAUAAAGGGACUUUUGUUACCGAAGAAGGCAUUUACUGAGCACAAUUCCGAACGUGUGGCACAAGUGGUUUGAGAGUGUGCCAACUUUUGACAUGAAUCUGUGCUGCGAUGGCCAAAAAAAUGAUGUUAAUUGCUCACUCAACCUCACCACAACAUUAAUGACUUGAACCACGUGGAAAUUUCAGACUGGUAAUGAGAUAAUGGGAAUUUUUUUAAAGACCUUUGCACCCCCUUUAUUACAAUGGUUUCGUCUCAUGCCCCCCCACCACCCCCACGUGUGCACAUUUGCAAACCAGUUGUCAGCGUGUGGCUGCAUUUGGAGUGUUCCACGUUGACGGUGGGGAGGGGGGCGGUGUGUGAGCGUGAUUUCGACUGUUCCUGGAUCGUGGCCGUGAGUUGAGAACGUGGCAAUAAUGCGGUUCGCUUGUUUCAACGCCGACGUCAGAAUGGGUUGAUUAAUUGAAAAGCGGGGGCGCUGCCUCGUUGGGAAUAAAAUAGACAAAUAGCGGAGAUGAUAUUUUACUUAAAGCCACGUUUAUACCUCAAUCAGCGUUGAGCUGCCGAAAAUAGUCCACGAUAACUUUAAAAUGCUCUUCAUUGAAAUUUGCACACAGCCUAUUAGACUUUAAAAAAGCACAUGUAAUGUAUGGUUGAGGUCUGACUGUAUGAAUGCAAAGGAACACCAUACUUGUAUCAAUUGGCAUGCUGUUAGCAUGCGUCUGUUUUGUUUUCAUAGUCUAGGUAUAUGUAACACUGCUCUAUUUAUAUUCCCUUACCCAAAUACUGUAGGUCUUGUUUGUUUGCCAUUAUAUUUUUAAGUAUUCUUUUGCUUUAUUGCAUUUACAAAUGAAAAAUAAUACCGAUGAAUGUUUUAAAAGUAUAUAAAUCUAUAUAUUUUCCAAAGUUACCAUUGGCGCAUGUGUCGGGACGACGGACGGAAAGAGCUCUACGCUUGUACUAAGUGCGUAUUGGGGUCUUUUUUUUUGUCCGACUGUUUGGUUCAACGCGGGUGGAACGCUGCCGUGCGGUCCGUGUCUGCAACGUGAGAAGCCGCGCGUGUUGAUGGCAGCGUGUGUGUAUGUUGUGUGUAAAAAAAAAACGAACCUUGUGAGUAUAUUGAAAUGUUCCUACCCCCUCCACGUCUUGUCCCCUUGGUUAUGCAAAAACAAAAAAAAAUACGCGCGCGUGCGCACAUACACACACCGCUUUAAAUGUUACGUGCGUUUAAAUUUCAACGGAUCACUUCUCUGAAGUCCAAAUGCAUUUCUGAAUCGAGUUAAAUAUAGUUGCGAAUGGUUUAGCUGGAUUCGCAUCGUUCUCUUCGCGCCUCCAGCGAGUUCCCCUGUGCCAUGGCGCGCAGCGGGGAACGCUCAAGUUCAGCAAUGCGGUCGGGGUUUGCUGUACACACUUUCCUCGUUAUUCGCGAGGGAUACGUUUCGUAGAUGCUCGCGAAAAGCAAAUUUCGCCGAUAAUGUUAUUGGCCUACGAAAACCUGUCUUUUUAAAAUGAAUUUACCUUAAACAAAUACAUAAUCAAGCUAUUCUCUCAUUACGGUAUCUCAUCACUUUCAAUGCAGUCGUGUUGAGAGUUCCAGAUGCGAUUUGCGGAUAGUCAAAAAUCACGGAUAGCAAGCGCGUGCAUACCCAGGAAAUAACCGCACAGACGCACGCCUGGAGUGGUGGGGCCGAAGCCGGCCGGGCCAAACGCAGACGAGCUUAGCAAAGCGUGCCUUGGCCAAGUCAGCUUGCCUUGGCCAACCGAGGUGGUGGUGGUGACAUCCACGCAGGCGACAGGCCGUGCCGCGCGAUGAUUUGCUUUAUUUUUUUUGUUUUACUGCACAACAACGGCGUGGAUGGAACAUUGGCUAUCACCCCUGAACGUCUCCUCCGUGGGGAUUCGCAAACGGAGAGCUCGAAAUAAGUUGCGGGACAAUUGGGCCCCACCGUGUGGUAAAGAAAUAAUUCCCGCGUUGGUCACGUUUAAAAAAAGGGCCCAGGUGUUCUGCGUUUGGUUUCGGAGUCCGUUCUAAACAAAAGAGAGGAGAGAGAGAGAAAAACACAGCGAAUGCUUGAUUAUUGGUCCCCCCCAUCAAAUGUAAUCCUUCGUCAUCGUGUGUGCGUUUCAAAUUGUGUGGAAAACGGCUCGUACAAUUUCCAAAUUACCAAACUGCUAUGUUGGUCGUGUGUGCGUUAAAGUCUACCGAACUUGACGUGUUUGGUUUAUAACCCCGAUUCCUUGUUUUUGUUUGUGUUCUUGCCCCGUUCGUUUAACCGAGUCACGGAGGGGGGUAUGCAUUGAUCAGUGUGUCCAUUGCUUUGAUGUUUUAUUGACCGGGGGAAAUCUAUACGUGGCACAUGCAGUACAGGCUACUUAAUCAUCGAGCGGAUGUCAGAAUGUUAUAUUAAUUCUGCCUCUUGAUGCUGUGAUAUAAUGUGCUUUUUUGAUGAUUGAGAAUUAAAACAAAUGUUAAGUGUAAAUCAAGCUAUAUUAAAUGUUAUUUGGCAACCUUGAGAA